AUGUCUCUGGAGACGAGGUCUAACUCGGCUCUGUUCAAGAGGGCCGAGCAGCUUAAACGGUGGGAACAAUCAGAGACUAAUAGAGAACCGGCCCAGCCAAGACAAAUCGCGCGAAAGAUCAAGUUCUCGGCCGAUUGUGUGUUCCUAGCAGCAUGUGCUGCUGGCGACAAGGAAGAGGUCGUUAGAUUGUUGCAAAAGGGGGCGGAUAUCAACACUGGCAAUGUCGAUGGCCUUACUGCGCUCCAUCAGGCGCAGACAUUAAUCGCGGUGACAAUGAAGGCUGGACUCCGCUGCACGCAACGGCAUCGUGCGGAUUCAUAUCAAUCGCCAAGAUGUAAUUUAGCAGCUGUAAAUAAUGACGGUGAACUUGCCCUUGACAUCGCGGAGAGCGAUGAAAUGGAAGAUUUACUUCAGCAACAUAUCAAUAAAGCAGGUAUAGAUUGUGAUCUAGCGCGCACUGAAGAAGAAAGGUCGAUGCUGAGUGACGCUAAAGCCUGGAAAGCUGGAUCUCCUGGAAAAGACGCCGUUCAUCCUCGGACUGGUGCUACGGCACUUCAUGUAGCUGCUGCCAAAGGCUACAUCAAAGUCAUGAAUAUUUUAUUGCAAGCUAGGUGUGAUGUUAACGCUCAAGAUUACGAUGGGUGGACGCCGUUACACGGUGCAGCCCACUGGGGUCAACUAGAGGCGUGUAAACUUCUUGUUGAAAAUUAUUGUGAUAUGGAUAUUAAAAAUUUUUCUGGUCAAACGGCGUUUGAUGUCGCCGACACCGAUAUUCUCAAGGCCUUGGAGGAAUUAAAGAAAAAGCAACAGAUAAUAUUAAAAGAUCAUCCGUUAUUAAAUAAUCAAAAACAACUCCCGAUACCAAAGAAACGAAUAUCACCUACAAUUGAGAACACAGUCGUCAAUGAGGGAAUGGAGACCUUUGAAGAAGAAACUCCAAAUAAAGUAAUUAAAGUUGAAUUGGAAAUACAAUCGGAUAAAGACGACACAAGUGCUGACACGAAUAGUGACGUCGAAAGUGGAGAAGAAACUGAUAUUGAAGAUAGCGAUGGUGAUAAUGAUUCUGAGAGUAGCUCAGAUUCACAAACAUCAUCAUCGUCGAGUAAUUAUUCUAAUCAGUCAGAUCAAUUUUUAGGUGUUACUGACGAUGAAAAGAAAAAUAGAGCUAAUAAAGACGACAGUGGAACACUUAGUCCAGUCAACGUUCCAGAAAUAAAUAAAGUUCCUAAUCAGGCGCCAAUUUUACCACCAAAACAACAGACUGAGAAUACUGAUGAAGAUACAAUACCGUCGUGGAGACGGUCAGGUUCAUUUAGAAGUCGAAUACAAGAAAAUGAACCGACUAAUUCAGUAGCUUCAACUAAAGAAAUAGAAGAUAAAGAGAAAAAAACACCUCUUAUCUCAAAUAAACUAAAUCAGAAUACCGAUUCAGAAGUUGUUUUACGAAGAACUCAUAGCUUUGAGACAGACGAAAAGUUCUAUGAGCAGUAUCUGGCAUUGCGAGCUCGCAUCAAGGCAUCUUCCUGCCCUACACUCCAUCGCUGCAAUCCAGUUACUCCUACCCUCACCAACACUUCGACCGCGCGUUCUGCAUCUUUACGCGAAACUCACAGACGCAAAGAAGUAAAACUUAAUUUGGAAUUGUCACGAGUACCACAAGAGGGUAAUGCAUCAUCUCCAACAUCUUUGACAAAUAAGUUUCUGUCCUCACCAGUAUUGCCAAUAUCUUCAACUACUGGUUCGACUCCAACAAGUUCUACCUCCACAACUACUACGACAACGACAAGUCCUGUACCGGGAAGUCAAAUUCGUAGUGUACAAGUGGUGGAGACGAGCUCUGCAAUUGUAACUCCCUCUUACAAUUCAACAACAACAACAUCAGCACCGACGACUCCUGCUGGUGGGAAACUCAGCCCAGGAAAUAUCUUCAAAAAUUUCUUCAAAUCAUUUGUACCACCUGUACGUGAUGAAGAGAGUGAAACACAGCGUAAAGCUCACGCCAAGCGUGUACGAGAGACACGACGUUCUACUCAGGGUGUUACAUUGGAUGAAAUUAAAAGUGCUGAGCAGUUGGUUAAGAAAAAACAACAGCAAUCUAAUGAUACCUCAUCCACACCGCAGCCAGCAGCUUCUCUUGGCCAAACAGCUUCAAUCAUAGCCACGAUAACAACAGCAACGCCAACAACCGUGACAACAAACAAAUUACCUGAAGAAACGAAUUUGCCUGAAAGACGGCCGUCUUGGAGAUUGAGGGUAGACAAUGGAAGCAAGUUCCAGCUGGAAGAUGCUAAUAAUAAGUCAUCGGACACAACAACAGCGUACAUACGAAGGCCUUCAGGUGGAACAGGUAUACCUCGACCAAGUUCAGCACCAGUAGACUCAAUAGCAACGAGUACUGCCGAUGCAACAGUUACUUUGCCACUUAGACGAUCAUUAAAAUCACCGGAAGACAAAGAUCAAGACAAGGAGAAUGACAGUAGAAAUGCCCAAGCUACCCAAGCUGUUAUUCAAAGGCGACGUAGACCCAAGAGAAGAUCUACUGGAGUUGUUCAUGUGGAUAUGGAUAUCCUGAUAAACAAGAUACCUCAGCUGGUGGUGAUUACGAGGAGUCCAAAACCAAUCACACAGAAUAUGUCAACUUACCGAAAAAGGGCUCAAGCUAAACCUACAACCGCUGCUGGUUUACGGGCACAAGCAUCCGCAAAUGGCAGUUCGAUAUUCAGAAAUAGACCAAGAAGUAUUACCGGUUUAUUUGGAUCAAAUCAGAGUAGUUUUUCUAAUUUACUGGGUAUCAAUACGUCUAAUUAUAACUCACCUAGUCAUAGUAUUAACAAACCUUCAAAGUCAUUUUACAAAAAUCCCUACACUAACUCAAUAAAUAAUUUAAAUUAUCCAACUUCUUAUACGACUUACGGUGGAACGGCUUCUGGCUAUGGGAGUCUCACUUUACCAUCCCAUUCAGCUGUCAGUUCGUUAAAUCUCGCUGUACCAUCAACUAGUUAUAAUUACAAUCGCAACAGUACUGGCAGUAGCAUUACCGCCGUCAGCAAAAAUAAUUCCAGUGUUAAUUCAACUAAAAAAUCUCCAGAUAAUUACAAUAGACGCGUUAAAAAAGCUGAAAGUUUUAACAGACCGAAGGCAUCUAAGCCCUCGGGUAUUGGAUCUAGAAGUUCUAGUUUGCAAAGUUUGGCAGGCUCUGAAGGAUACGCCAGCGGCAAUGAACGAUCCGGACGUUCGAGUAGGAUUGGAUCCAUAACAUCUCUGUCGUCAGACAUAUCAGUGACUCCGAGCAGCAGAAUAAAGUCCUCAAACUCGGAGAAUGGCGAGCUUGAUUACAAAAAACUCUGGGAAGAGUCUCAAGCUGAAAAUGAAAGGCUGAAAGAAAAAUUACGGCGAUCUGAUGAGCAGCUUAAAGAGGCUAGGAGUUCGUUGGAAAAAGUACAGAGCACACAGAGUAAACUCACUCUUUCAGAAGCGGAAAAACGUGAGAGGAGAGCUAUGGAACGAAAGCUCUCGGAGAUGGAGGAGGAAUUAAAAAUGAUGGAGCAAUUAAAGUGCGAAAACCAGAGGCUAAAGGACGAGAAUGGCGCAUUAAUACGUGUCAUUAGUAAACUUUCGAAAUGA